AUGGCGACCUGCAGUUCCUUCAGCACCGGCGGCUCGAACAUCCCGGAAUAUGAGUAUAUCGAGGUUAACACCAAGCCUUUUCAUAUUGGGUCGUUCAGAAACGCAUGGUUAGAAAGACUGAGGCCAUCAGACUACUCCUACCAGGAAGAGGACGCGUUUGAUGCGGACUUCGCGGAGAAAUCCGGGAUAACCGCUGAGACCAUGAGUGAAAUAAAAACCACCUGCAGCAUCGAUUCGCUUCGCUGCCAUUCUGCAGACCAGCUACCGACAACAGAAGUUGUGCCCCCAGACCCCGUUCUAAAAACACUAAAACAACGGCAGAAGGGACAAGAUUGUAAAGACAGCCAGAAAAUCAGCAGGCUUUGUCGACAUGAUUACGCUGAUGAACUGGCAAGAUUAGUUGUCGGGAAGACAGCAGAAGAAGAAAGCAACGUGGUUCCUGAAGGCGAAGUUAUCAUAAGCGUUAACAUCUAUUAUCCAACCGUUUUUGAAAGAUUUAAGUACAUCCGACCUCAUAUGACUCUGAUGGUGACAGGGUCACAGAGCCUUGCAGACCUGAGGGACAGCAUUUGCUGUAUCAGUGACUUGCAAAUAUCUGGAGAGUUCAGCCACACACCUGACUUGGCUCCGGAUUUCAUCAGCAAAGAUCAUUACAAGUCGGCAUUCUUCUUUUUUGAAGGAGUCUUCUACAAUGACAUGCGUUUCCCUGAAUGUCAAGACAUCAGUGAGACCACCGUAGAGUGGGCUAAGGGCCGAAACCAUCCCCCUUUUCGUAAAGCCAAGAUGGAGGACACACAGUUUGUUGAUCUGACGGUCAAAGUGGGAUUCCCCUAUCUCUACUGCCAUCAGGGAGACUGUGAACACCUAGUUAUCAUCACAGAUGUCAGACUAUCCCAUAAGAAUGACUGCCUGGAUAGAACUCUCUACCCGCUACUCAUCCAUAAGCACAGGGUCAGCACACGAAAAUGUAGUGUGUGCCACGUCUAUAUUGGCAGAUGGAUGACCGUUAAUGACCAGUUUGCUCCAAGUGACCCCUGUCUCUUCUGUGACAAGUGCUUCCGAAUGCUUCACUACGAUACUCAAGGCAACAAGCUGGGAGAUUUCAUGGCCUAUGCUUAUGUGGACCCUGGUGCAUUCAAUUAAGCCAGAGCUUCUCAAUCCGAUCCUCAAGAACCUCACUGUUGGUAUUGUAUUCUGCCAGGUAGUUAAAUACAUUCAUCUGUUGUGAUUAGAUGGAUGGAUUACCUGACACAUGGGUAAAUACAAUGAACUACCUGGCAGAAGGGAAAAGAAGCAGUACUUAUGGUACGAGGACUGGCUUGAGAACCACUGAUACACAGGGCAAUAAUGAGCAGUGGUUCUCACUCUGGUCCUCAGGAAACUUCAUUGCUGCUGGUUUUCUGUUCUCCCAGGUAGUUCAUUACAUUCAACUGUUGAGUCAAGUCUUAAAAACUUGAUUAGACAGAUGGAAACCCUGCCACAACAGGUGAUUUAUUAACUAUCAGGCAGAACAGAAAACACUACUGGGGGUCCCGAGAACCUUAUUGAAAACCACUGGCCUGUUGGAAACAACUCUAAUGCUGUGCAAUGCAGAUACAUUUUGGUUUUUCAUUUUUAAUGGAUACAUCCUGACACUUAAGAGUUUAAGAAGGUGAACUUUUUCUACAUUUAUUGAACUGAUGACAUAUUGUAAAUCUACAUUUAUUUUGUACCUUAAAAAUUGGUUGAAUUUCCCUAAGUACUCUCAGCAAUAAUACCUGGACUUAAAUAUUUACUUAACUUUUUAUUUGCAGGGGUGUAACUGUAAAUUGUCAAGUGUAUAAAUUCUGGUGUAACAUUUAAAACUAGAAGGGAGCUUUGUUACUUUCACAGUAGGCACCAUGCCUGCAUUUUGUUGGAAAAUACUGUCACUUUAAACCCAAUUGUAUUCAUUAAUUUCCUGGCUGUGGAAUUCUGGUAAUUGUAUCAUCCACAUAUCUUGUUCGUGAAGUAUGAAUUUAACCAGUUGUCCUUCAGUAAUA